AUGAGUUCAGAUAAGGUAAUACGUUUGAGACGAGGUGAACUUAUCGGUAAAAAAUGGAAAGUUCUCGAGAAACUCGGUGAAGGCGGAUGUGGAUAUGUUUAUAAAGUUCAGAAUAUAAAAACUGGAGUUAAGGCUGCGUUAAAAGUUGAAUCAAAUUUUGUGGUUGGCGGAAGUGUUCUCAAACUUGAAGUUCAGGUCUCAUCGAAAUUCAUUGAUAAAUUGUCGAGUAAAAUCAUUCUGUAUUAUUUGAACAGAUUUUCGUAUAUGAUAAUGACAUUGUUUGGAGCCGCACUGAAU